CUGCAGACAUCAAGUUCUCAGUGGCGGCGCUGCUGCAGGCGGCCAGCGAGCUGCUGGGGGCGGGAUACCAGCCCGCACGCACCCUCAUGUUCGCAUUCGGGCACGACGAAGAGGUCGGCGGUCGUCUGGGUGCGGGUGCAGCUGCGGAGCUGCUGGCGGCUCGCGGCGUGCAGCUGGGGGCGCUGGUGGACGAGGGCGGGGUGGUGCUGGAGGAUGGCAUGCGGCCCUUCCUGGGGGGCCCAGUGGCGCUGGUGGGGACGGCGGAGAAGGGCUACGCCACCCUCCGCGUCACCCUGCGCUCAGCGGGCGGCCACGCCUCCAUGCCGCCCACCGACGGAUCCGACGUACACUCCCAGAUCUGGCGUCUGAGUACGGCACUGAAGCUCCUGCCGCCGCCGCCGCUGCUACAGCCGCCCGUUACGGACAUGCUGCGUCACAUGGCGCCGUACGCGCCGCCCUGGAUGCGGCUGCUGCUGGCGAACUGUGAGCGCAGCCGUUCCUGGCUAGCCAACUGGCUGCUCUCGCAUGUCUUCCGGCGGCUGCUAAGUCGGGAGACGGCCGCCCUGGUUGCGGACACCCUGGCACUCACCCGACUGCAGGCGGG